AUGUAUUGGAAUUGGAACUUGGCGCCCGAGGACCCCCUGACCUCAGACUUCAUCUUUAUGCCUGAGGUGUGGGGGUCGGGCGUGGUGAACCAAGAGUGGGUCCGCCAAGCUGACACCACGAACUUCGAAGAUGGCCAUGGGAGGCGAUCGCCCGCAACGAUGUCCAACGUGAUGAUGGGCAUGAAUGAGCCCGACAUCCAGGGAAGCUGCAUGGGCAACAUGUUUGGCAGGUGCGUCAAGCCAUGCGACGACCUCGCCCGCAACAGUCAUGAUUGUCCCAGAGCCGAGCCGGAUGUCAACUUGCCGCCAGCAAAUGCCAACUCCAGAGGGAUGUGCAACUGCUGGGAGAGCUCCUAUGCCACAGGCGUGGGGUUCUGGCCAGUUGGUGGCUGCUCAGCGCUGCAGCCGCUGCCUGACCUUUGGCAACAGGAGCCGCACUGCAUCGACACCGUCAUAAACAACUGGAGACGGACAGCACAGAUAGCGACGCAGAAAGGCUACAAGUACCUCUCAACUCCUUUGUUGGCAGUAUAUGUGAGCUAUGCGGAGAAGUUCAUCGAACAUGCUUGCAACUGCUACAAUGGCGUGUGCCAAUGCACGGAUGCAAGUUGCGGCUGUCCUGCGUAUGUUGGACUGCAUUUCUAUGCCUUUGACUGCCAGCCAGAGUCAAGCAACGCUUACGUCGACUUCGAGGCGCGGGUGAAGGAGAUCGGGGAGCUCAUGAUGAAAUACCCAUUCCUCAAAGGCGCCAUCGUCAACGAGGUGGGUAUGCUCAACUGCGCUGGUCCGACAGAGGAUGAUCCCAUUUGUGUCCCGGACUCGGGCGAGUUCCCCGCAAAGGACGGUCCGAACUUCAGCUGCCCGCCCAAUGCUGAACUUCCCAAUGGCCUGGCUUCCUUCGUCAAGAAGAUCGUGGAGAUUGCAAUCGGCGUCAAGACCAGCGAUGGGCGACCUGUCGUGAAGAGCUUUGCUUGGUUUAACCAAGAUCGGGAAGGAGGUACGUACAAUCUGCGCCUCUUCAACGACGAUGGCUCCGUUAACGAGGCUGGCGAAGCGUAUAUGGAGGUUUGUCAGAACUGGAAGACGUUGGCUCGCUGA